AUGGCCCGGCAGCCUUAUCGUUCUCCCCAGGCGGGGAACCCAGAGAGAGGAUCAGGUGUUUUCAGGUUAACCGUCAGAAAUGUGAUGGCGCAUCUUGAUUCUGAGGUGAAAGAAGAAUGUCUGAGAGAAGACCUAAAGUUUUACUUCAUGAACCCCUGUGAAAAAUACCGAGCCAGACACCAGAUUCCAUGGAAACUGGGUUUGCAGAUUCUGAAAAUAGUCAUGGUCACCACACAGCUUGUUCGUUUUGGUUUAAGUAACCAGCUGGUGGUUGCUUUCAAAGAAGAUAACACUGUUGCUUUUAAGCACUUGUUUCUGAAGGGAUAUUCUGGUAUAGAUGAGAAUGACUACAGUUGCAGUGUAUAUACCCAAGAGGACGCCUAUGAGAGCAUCUUUUUUGCUAUUAAUCAGUAUCACCAUCUUAAGAACAUUUCCCUGGGGACCCUUGGUUAUGGAGAAAAUGAAGACAACAGAAUUGGCUUAAAAAUCUGUAAGCAGCAUUACAAGAAGGGAACCAUGUUUCCUUCUAAUGAGACACUGAAUAUUGACAGCGACAUUGAGAUAGAUUGCAUUCACUUAGACCUUCAGGCCCUUGCCAGGAACCCUCAGGACUGGAGGAACUCAUCAUUCCUCAGACUGGAAUUUUAUCGGCUCUUACAAGUUGAAAUCUCCUUUCACCUCAAAGGUAUUGACCUACAGACAAUUCAUUCCCGUGAGUUACCGGACUGUUACGUCUUUCGGAAUAUGAUUACCUUUGACAAUAAAGCUCACAGUGGCAAAAUUAAAAUAUAUUUUGACAGUGAUGCCAACAUUGAGGAAUGUAAAGACUUGAACAUAUUUGGAUCUGUUCAGAAAAAUACUCAGUAUGUCCUGGUGUUCGAUGCAUUUGUCAUUGUGAUUUGCUUGGCGUCUCUUAUUCUGUGCACAAGAUCCAUUGUUCUUGCUCUACGGUUACGAAAGAGAUUCCUAAAUUUCUUCCUGGAGAAGUACAAGCGACGUGCGUGUGACGCUGACCGGUGGGAGUUCAUCAACAGAUGGUAUGUCCUGGUGAUCGUCAGCGACCUAAUGACAAUAACUGGAUCCAUAUUAAAAAUGGAAAUCAAAGCAAAGAAUCUCACAAAUUAUGAUCUAUGCAGCAUUUUGCUUGGGACGUCUACGCUCUUUGUUUGGGUUGGAGUCAUCAGAUACCUGGGUUAUUUCCAGGCAUAUAAUGUACUCAUUUUAACAAUGCAAGCCUCACUGCCAAAGGUUCUUCGGUUUUGUGCUUGUGCUGGUAUGAUUUAUCUGGGCUACACAUUCUGUGGCUGGAUUGUCCUAGGACCAUAUCACGACAAGUUUGAAAAUCUGAACACAGUUGCUGAGUGCCUGUUUUCUCUGGUCAACGGUGAUGACAUGUUUGCAACCUUUGCCCACAUCCAGCAGAAGAGUGUCUUGGUGUGGCUGUUCAGUCGUCUGUAUUUAUAUUCCUUCAUCAGCCUUUUUAUAUACAUGAUCCUCAGCCUUUUUAUUGCACUUAUUACAGAUUCUUAUGACACCAUUAAGAAAUACCAACAGAAUGGGUUUCCUGAAACCGAUCUGCAGGAAUUCCUGAAGGAAUGUAGUAGCAAAGAGGAGUAUCAGAAGGAGUCCCCGGCCUUCCUGUCCUGCAUCUGCUGUCAGAGGAGGAAAGGAAGCGAUGACCACUUGAUACUUAUUAACUAA